GGUUUGGCAUCUUGCCGUGAAAUAUAUGCAUUGGUACAUGAAAGCUCAUUAUUACCCAAAUGCAGACAACAGCCACUUUCCCUCAUGCUGGCCCAUUUCAUUAUAAAUGCCAACAAUCUCCCUCGCUUCAGUACCUGAAUUGAGAAUACAAUUCCACACACCCUUCUUCCCAUUUCAAAUAAUAAUACAACACCUUCUCCUUCUGCACUCACAAUCUUUGGCUUUCACUACCUCCAUUUGCUGCUUUUUAUUUUUAUUUUGUUAAGGGGAAAAAAAUGGUGGAAAGAGAAGCAGGUUCUGAGAGCUCCAAAAUGUGGACUGAACCAAAACAUCAAGCAACUCAGCUCAGAGUUCCAGUAAUAUAUUACCUUUCCCGGAAUGGCCAGCUUGAGCAUCCACAUCUCAUGGAGGUUCCAAUCUCAUCUCCACAAGGAGUGCUUCGUCUUAAAGAUGUGAUAGAUAGAUUGAGUUUUCUCCGGGGACAAGGAAUGACCAACAUGUAUUCUUGGUCUACAAAAAGGAGUUACAAAAACGGGUUUGUGUGGCAAGAUUUGUCAGAGAAUGAUUUGAUUUACCCGAGUGGUGGGCAUGAGUAUGUCCUGAAAGGGACACAGAUGGUAGAAGCUUCUUUGAGCUUUCGAUCUUUCGAGACAAUAUCAACGUCGAGCUCAAAAAGUUCGACAGAAGCAAACAAUUCUAGCAUGGAUGCAGAUUCCCCUGCAACCAUAAAGGGUAGAAGCCAAUCGUUUAACUCGAGUGAUUAUAAGUUUUACAGGGCAAAGACGUGCGAGGAGUUUGCAGGGAAAGCCACCAAUGCCUCGACUCAGACAGAGGAGAAGCGUAGGGAAAGGAUAAAAUGGGAGAAAGUAGAAGAGUGUGAUGAUGCAAGGGAGUUGGGUGAACAUGAAAAUGAAAAUGAAAAUGAAAAUGAAGGGUCUUUUCGAUUUUCUAGUUCUAGUUUUGGAGCGUUGGAAGGGUCUUUGAAGGGUUACGAAUCAGCAGAUAUCAGAAACCAGAGGGUUGAGAAUGAACGUCCAAGUGGGAGGAUCAAGGCUUCAGAAGUUCUCAUGCAGUUCAUCAGAUGUGGAUGAUGUAAAAGAUUCUAGUUCAGUACUACGAAUGAGGAACUAUUAGUUACUCCAAUUGGUAUGAUUAUGCUGUUUCUAGUUCAGUUAUAAAUGGAACAAUAAGUUGAAUGACUUGUUGCUAGUGCUACAUCUAUCUCUUGUGUUGUCCCUUUAAUCAAAUUAGACAUGUGAUGACAUGAAUUAUUGCUCCUUC